AUGGGUAUACGACAAUGCCAACGACGCUUCCAACGUUCCGUGAUAGAAUCCUCACCACGAAUGAUGUGUGCCAUCACUCAGCUGCCUCACGUCCGUCAUCCUGGACUUUGUUUCCUGCAAGGCGAUUACAUGAUAAUUGAUGCGCCCUGCAGCGAGAAGGGCGUGAAGAGCGGUGUUGGUGGAGAUUGUCCUGGCGUUGUAGGUGCAGAGCAUGAGACAAUCUCCAUGGCGAGUCAUUGA